AAGAUUUUCAAACCGCAAGAAUAAAUGAUCGAAUGAACCAGGAAUCUGACAUUUAUGCUGAAUCACGAGAUCACAUAUACAAUGAUUUGGAAAUAAGUGAUUUACCUAGGCUAAGUGAGGCCGAUGAUAGUGAAGAAUUACUCAAUUCCAGCCUAUUAGAUACGAAAGAUGGAACUCAAACACCACCUCAUCAAAUCACCGGAAACACUUCCUUCGCUCAAUCUACAGCCAGUGAAACUCAUGAAAGCAUCCUUAAGGCUUCUUCUGAGAAUUUAACGGGCUUAGAUGAUGCUAAAUCGUUAACUGAAGACGGACCAAAGAAAACAAUUUACGACUGGGUUCGCACCACAAAUGCAUUGAUAGUAGUUAAUGAUAAAGAUACCGAGGAAUCAUUCCUUAAGCCUAUUCCGGAUAUUAGUGCCUCAAACAGUAGUGAACAUCACUAUUGGUCAGAGUUUGGACAUCGUUUUUUCUCUUAUGCUUUACAAGAAUUUGCAGUGUAUAAAGUAGUUGAAGGAAAAUGCGCCGAUUUGCUGGCUUGGUCUUGGGAGACAGGAGAGGAAAUUUUUGUUGGUGAGCAAGCAGGACCACCCACUAAACCUGAUUUAACAAAGCUCUCUAUGGACUCUUUCAAAUUGUAUCGAGAAUUAAGGGAUUGUCUGAAUGUCCGCAUAUUAAAUGCAAUGAAAAUCGGAGAUGUUAAUUACACUAAUCGUGCUGU